AUGGAGCUCUUCUUCGUCGUCUUUCGUCAUGGUGGUGGUGGUGGUCCUGGCCGGCCUGGUUGGCUCUCCUGGCUGGCUUCUGCUAUGAGUAUCACCAGAGAGGACUUGGACGGCAGAGGCGCACAGCAGGCGAUAGGCGGCCGUUGCAGACAGACUGUCCUGUCAAUCAGCCAGUCCGCAAUGGCAUUCCUGUUUCUCUCUCUCGUCUCUCCCUCUCUCUUGCGUCUCUCGUCGUCGUCGCUGUGCGUGCCCGUGGCGUCCCAAGUCCUCCCCGUCUUCCUCGGCUCAAAGGAGUCCGCCCUCCCCUGCCAAGCGCGCACAAAGCCGCAAGAGGCUGCGAUCAGCUUCGACUAA